AUGGCCGCUCCAGCAUUCGCCCUGGGACUCGAUGUCUUCUCGUCAGCACCAAUUAAAGAGCCGCCGUCGGCCAAAGUCUCUCAGAAGUCGCCUUCGAUACGAGAGCUGGACGCCAUUGAGCUGCCAGACUACGGACUCACCAACAAGGGCGACAAAAAUGCUGCCGCUCACGAUGGCACCACUCCACCAACGCCCAAAACGCCGAACGAUCUCGAGCGGAGUCAACCACCAACACCGCGACAAAGUGAAGCCGCAGGCAUCAUGCCGACGUUCUGGUACCCGGGGAUGAACAAAUGGCGAGUCCUGUCCGCGUGUGGGGAGUAUUUCGCCAAUGGUUUGAACGACUCGGCCCCAGGUGCCCUCAUUCCGUACAUCGAGACGUGGUAUGACAUUGGCGUAGGAUUUAUACUUGCGGCAUUCAUGUCCGACUUCAUCAGUGCGAAGCUCGGUCGUGCCAAAGGCCUCAUGCUAUCCGAGCUGGUAGUGAUUUCUGCCUACGUCGUUAUCGCCUGUCCGAUUCCGUUUCCAGUGGUCGUGGUGGCGUAUUGUGCUAUCGGCUUCGGCGAAGCGCUGGAGAUUGCUUUGAAUAAUGUCUUUCUUGCGAAUCUAGCUAAUGCGACGGUGGUCUUCGGGGCUGCACAAGGUUUCUAUGGCAUAGGCGGCAUGCUGGGUCCGAUCAUGGCGACGGCACUGGUCUCGAAUGGCGUUCAUUGGGCCAGGUUCUAUGCGAUCGCCAUCAUAUUUCGGCUGAUCAACCUUUUUGCCGUGGGCUGGUCUUUCUGGAACUAUGAGAAGGAAGGCAUGGCGCAGUUCAGUGGGAGUUUGGAGCAGAUCGCUAGCCAGCAGAGUACGGCUGAGUAUGGUGAUUCGAGCAAGCGAAGGAUGUUCGCUCAAGCGCUGAAGAAGAAAACAACGAUAAUUGGCGCUCUCUUCAUCUUUGCGUACCAGGGCGCCGAGGUGGCAGAGGCUGGUUGGGUCAUCACAUACCUCAUCGAGUACGUUGUGGCCCGAUCUGCGAGCCUGGGUGCGUUCACGUUGACAACGCAACAGAUAUCGGAAUGGAGAUCCGAGCAAAGUGGGUUACGUUACCUCUGGCUUCUGGGUAUGUUUGUGAAACAUGAGAUGGAAGGCUCAUACUUACCGUUGCGGUGCUCCAGGCUGGGCUCACCAUCGGAAGAUUCGUUCUGA